CACUGGGAAUGCAACAGUUUGUCGAUCAUGAAGACCCUUAACAGCCUGCCUAUAAAUGUGCACGAACCUAUUGCACGAGUACUGGACUGAGAGAAACAAGAAAUAUAUACAUACAUACACAUGGCUACUACGGGCACAGCAAUGCCAGCACCUGUGUUUCACCCCACAGUAUGGGGGGAUUACUUUAUCAAAUUUGUCCCAGAGCAAUUGCAGGUUUCAGAUGAAAAGAUGGCAGAGAGAAUCAACCAUUUAAAAGAGGAGGUAAUUGGUAUGUUCCAGGCUUGCAAAAAUGCUGUGGACAAAAUGAACCUAGUAGAUGUGGUGCAACGAAUUGGAAUAGAUCACCAUUUUGAGGAACAGAUCGCAACUGCCUUAACCAGCAUUUAUAGCACUGAAUUCAAUAGCUCAAGUCUACAUGAGGUUGCCCUUCGGUUUCGCUUGCUUAGGCAGCAAGGGUUUUGGGUUUCUGCAGAUGAAUUUGAAAAGUUCAAGAAUGAAGAUGGGAGCUUUAUCAGUGGUAUAACCAAUGACCCAAAGGGCUUGUUGAGUUUAUACAAUGCAGCUCACCUUCUUACUCACGAUGAGGAGAUACUUGAAGAUGCUAUCUUAUUUUCAAGGCAGCAUCUGGAAUUAAUAAGGAGUAGUCUCAAGUCCCCUUUAGCUGAACAAGUUGGUCGUGCCCUUGAAAUACCAUUGCCAAGAACCUUAAAGAGGGAGGAAACAAUAUCAUUUAUCCCAGAGUAUAGCAUACAAGAUCAAACGUACAGCCCCGUGAUAUUGGAGCUUGCCAAACUAGAUUUCAACCUUCUGCAGCAUCUCCAUCAAAAAGAACUCAAGGAAAUUUCUCAAUGGUGGAAAGAGCUUUCGGGAGAAAUUGGACUGGACUAUGUAAGGGAUCGGAUUGUCGAGUGUUACUUUUGGUCUUAUACUGUGCACUAUGAGCAAGAGAAUGCACGUGCACGGAUGAUCCUCGCCAGGUUGUUCUUGUUAACAUCUUUGUUAGAUGACACUUACGAUGUGCAUGCAACUUUGGAGGAGGCCCGGGAGCUCAACAAAGCUAUUGAAAGAUGGGAUGACAAUGAUGUUUCUCUUCUACCUGAGUACCUCAAGGAAUUCUUUGUCAAGGUGAUAAGCAACUUCAGGGAGUUUGAGGAUGAGUUGGAGUCACAUGAAAAGUACCGCAAUGUUUACAAUAUUAAAGGGUUCCAAACAUUAUCCAAAUAUUAUCUCCAAGAAGCAGAAUGGUUUCAUCAUGGCUACACUCCAAGCUUCAAAGAUCAAGUGAAUGUUUCUGUCAUAACAGCGGGUGGUCAAGUGUUAAGUAUUGGUUUGCUUGUUGGCAUGGGUCAUGAAGCAACCAAAGAGGCAUUCGAGUGGGCCACUGGUGACACUGAUGCUAUAUGGGCUUGUGGACAGGUGUCACGUUUCAUGGAUGACAUGUCAGCUUUCAAGAAUGGUAGAAACAACAUGGAUGUAGCUAGUUCUGUGGAGUGCUACAUGAAGGAACGCAAUGUCCCUAGUGAGGUUGCCCUGGCAACGAUAAGCUCCUUUGUUGAAGAUGCAUGGAAGACCAUAAAUCAAGCACCAUUUAAGUAUCCUACUCUAUUACCGGUUGUGCAACGAGUUACGAGCCUAGCAAAGAGCAUGACACUGUUGUUCCUUGACAAGAGGGAUGCGUACACAUACAGCAAGGACUUCAAAACGACACUGGAGAGCCAUUUCGUCAGACAUAUUCCACUAUAAUAUUAGAAAGCAUAGUUAACGUCGACAUAUGCGUGUGUGCGUGAAAUGGAGUGAGACAUUGGAUAACUUCUCUGUUUUUCUCUACCAUAUGUAUUAUUAUUUCUCAUAAGAUGUUAUUA